ACCCACAAUUAUCGAUAUUUAUCGCUAUAAAAGCAACGCAACGAAUUAACGCACGUCACUAUAUGUCAGUCAAUCGUGCGCGGCAAAAAUGACAGGUCGAGGCAAAGGCGGGAAAGGUCUCGGGAAAGGAGGCGCGAAACGUCAUCGAAAAGUACUCCGAGACAAUAUCCAAGGUAUAACGAAGCCUGCUAUAAGAAGAUUGGCAAGACGCGGUGGAGUGAAGAGAAUUUCUGGUUUAAUUUACGAAGAGACAAGAGGAGUUUUGAAAGUUUUCCUUGAAAAUGUGAUACGUGACGCCGUAACUUAUACUGAACAUGCGAAGAGAAAAACUGUGACAUCGAUGGACGUCGUGUACGCUUUAAAGAGGCAGGGCAGAACUUUGUACGGUUUCGGUGGUUAA